AUGCAUGUGCUCAGGCCUCCGACCAUCAAACAGCUCAAGAAUGAAAAGGCCUUGACCAUCUAUGCCGCCUUUCUCUGUGCAUUGAUCCUCUCUGUUGUUGCGACUCGCUGGUUGUACACUUCUCGCAGCAAGGCUCCAGCAACUUUGUCAUCUCGCCGACUGCGACUACAUAGGCAAGCUCUACUUCGACCUGCUAGUCUACUAACAGGCCAUAGCAAGCUGCAGAAGCGUUCCUGCUGGAAGUGGUUUGGUCGACCGUCCCACGGCCUAGUUGUGUUGGUUGGCAUCUACCUCCUGAGCAACGUCCUUCUAUCCUCAACCAUACUUGCUACCUAUCGAGUCAACCAUUUUGCCUCCAGAUUUGGAUGGAUGGGAGCUGCGAACAUGGCGCUAUGUGUCUUCUUUGGGCUGAAGAACACACCACUGGCCCUUGUGACAGCCGUAUCGCGCACCCAGCUCAAUAUCUUCCAUCGAAUCGUUGGCUACACCACGACAUUCUUGGUGCUGCUCCAUGCUAUCUUCUACACAAUACACUUUGGCCGCCAGGGUCGUGGGGCAACUCUAUGUGAAGCAGGCAACAGAGAAGGUCUCGGCUCUGGCGUUGCCAUGUUCAUCUUACUGAUGGGUGUUUUCAGACAUCAGCAGUACCAGACGUUCUAUGUUAGCCACACUUCUGGCUUCAUAGCUGCGGUCAUCCUGACAGGCCUACACCGGCCCGACUGGGCGAAAAAGCUUCCUGUCGUAAUGCUAUUCAUUGCCUGUAUGUGGUCACUGGAUCGUGGCGUUCGAGCAGCGAGAAUGUGCUACAACCUCGUCAACAAUCAUGCUGCAUUUUACCCACUUCCAGGUGGUGGAACGCGCUUGCUUUUGAGAAAGCCUUAUGUUGAGGUCGCCUUGCCAGGUUCGCAUUGUUUCUUAUGGACUCCGCGACUUCAACUCUACCAGGCCCAUCCGUUUACGAUUGUCAGCAAUGGCCCUUCUGGCUUGGAGCUCGUGAUAAAAUCUGUCUGUGAGUUCGCCAUCCAGCACCCUGGUUGUGCUACCUGGGUAUCAGUGGAUGGACCUUAUGGGACAUUGCCGGACACUGCAAUCUACGACAAGCUGGUUCUGAUUGCCGGAGGGAGUGGGGCUGCGUUCACUUUUGGUCUUUUGAACCGCAUGUUGAACCACUCUGGCAGAAUCACAUUCCAGUCGAUUGACUUUGUGUGGGCUGUGAAGAGUACAGAACAUCUGAGCUGGUUUUCCGAACAUUUGCACAAUCUUGAAAGGGCCGGGUCAUCCAUGAAAGUGAGGCUAUAUAUCACCAGCGAGGAAUCGAGCACAAGCCCAGAGAAUGCUUCAUAUCUCAACAGUGGUCUUGAAGACAUUCAACGUCUGUUGCCAGUAGAUGACGCUUUCGCCGAUGAGGACAUGUUGAAGACUGGCAUCAUGCACCCGCUACUCAGCGGAAAGGCGCAGAAGGGUCUCGAGCACAUUAUCAACGUCAAGUAUGGGAAGAUGAGCACCGAGAGGGUCAUCUGUGAAGCGAUGCAGGGAGUCGAGGGCCACCAUCGAGUCCUAGUGGUUGCUUGUGGCCCAACGUCGCUACUGGAUGCCGUGAGAGAUUCGGUCGACCAUUGUGAAGACAAAUCUGGCUAUAGCAUAGACGUCCAUUGCGAGGACUUUGGUGCCUGA